AAAAAAAAGUUCUACAAGGAAAAAAAUACCUACUGCUUCGAAUUGUUCAAUCUUCUCUUCUUCAUACUUGAGUUGACUUUUGUAGUCUACGCCAUUCCUGUUGAAAAAAAAGUGAAAAAUUGUAUCAUGGCAAAGACUUUGGAUGAGACUGUUGAAUAAAUCUAAAUAAUAAAACAACAAAAACAAAAACCAUCCUCAUCAUUCAACCAAGGAAUAAAGGGGAAUUCGCUGCAAUCUUGACAAAAACAAUUCAAAAAAACAAAAAUCUUUAUUGAGAACAGAAGGAGUAGUAGUUACACCACAAGCAACAAAGAAUUCAAACGUGAUCACUUGAUAAAAUAAUUAAAAAAAAAAAAAACCAAAAAACAAAAAUUACAACCAUAACGAAUAACUACAAUAAUCGUAUUUGAUUAUUUCCGUAAAGUUGUAUUCAACUUAUGGCAUCAACCGACGAAAUUUCCAACGGUAUUUUUGGUACAUUUGACAAUAACAAGAUAGUAGAAACGGAAACUGCUGCUCAACUAUUGGACGAGGCUGUUGAUAACUUGACUCUGCAAACGGCAACGGCCAUGUUUAGUGAGGUGUUUGAAAGCAAUAGCAAGGGGGACGAAUUGGAGUCGUCCCCAUUGGAAGAUGCUUGUGCGUUCCCUGAUGGAAUGGAGAAGAAUUGCAAGAUUUGCUCGCUACGCUUGGUGUCGCCGAGAGUAUUGUCAUGUCUUCAUGUCUUUUGUGAAGGAUGUUUGGCAAAGAUGUUGUUGGACGAAAAUGGUUCAGGUGAUCCACCGCUGAAGAAUUCCAUUGAGUGUCCAACUUGCAAGCAAAUUACUCCUGUUGGUCCAAAAGGAGUGGAAUCUUUGACAUGCGAUUACAUUCUGACCAAUAUCUUGGAUCUGUCAUCCAUCGAGUCUGAGAUGUUGUCGUGCACCUCGUGCAAAAGCAAGGAGAAAGCAAUUUCCCGUUGUAAUGAUUGCGCAAACUUCCUGUGCGGCGGCUGUGACAACGCCCACAAAUAUAUGCGUUGUUUUGAGAAUCACGAAGUAGUCAAGUUGGAGGACUUGCAAAAGACCGCCGAAAAAUUGACUAUCCAUAAGCCAUUGUUCUGCAAUGUACAUACCAGUGAGAAUCUAAAAUACUAUUGCUACAACUGCCAAAUACCUGUGUGCAAUGAUUGCUUGAUAGCCGACCACAAGGGUUCCGAACAUCAUUACGAAGUGAUUGGGCUUGCUGAGAAGUGUGUUCGUGUUGAUAUAGAAGAUUUGAUGAAGGAGGCUAAAUCGAAGGUUCAAUAUUGCGAUUCGGCUGCUUCCAAGUUGUCGAGUGAUCUAACUGAGUUGCAAUCGCAACACGACACCGCUAGAGAUUUGAUUGAAGAAUCAUUUCAAAGUUUUAAGGCUGUACUUGAGAAGUGUCGUGAUCAGUCGCUCAAGGAAUUGGGUAAACUGCACUCUGAGCGCGAAUUGAAGAUCAUGGACUUGUUGCAGAAUAUUGAAAAUACCAUGGGAAAAAUUGAUGGAGUGUGCACGUUCACGAAACGUGUAUUAGAGCAGGCUAAUGCUGCUGAAUUCCUUAGCAUGAAGAAGCUAAUAUCUAAGCAAUUUAUAAAUUUGAUCAACAAUACGCCAAAGUGUGAUGUCAAUUAUUCGCUUGAGUUCGACACCAAAUUUGAUAAAUUCGAGCAAUUGGCUCAUGAUACAUUUGGCAAAUUUCGCACUGAAUCGACUCCACCCAGUCCAAAGGAGAGUACACCACCACCAACUUUGCCUGGUAUGCCACCAUCCUUGAUGACUCGCAAUAUAAUGGCAAAUAGCUCACAAAAUGCUUUGGCUAGCUCUGUCACAGCUAGUAGUCCCAUUUCUUUGCCAACAUCGAUGCAGUCGUCAUUUGAUGGAGAUUUAUCGGUUCUUGGAAAUGGCUUUAUGAUGCCAAGUGUUUUGUCACCCGACUCACCACCACAACAUUCUAUGGGCGGUGGCGGUCCUCUUUCUUCCAAUGGCAAUGUUGGUCCUCCACCAGUUGUUGGUGUAGGCAAUGGUGGUCCACCACAACCUUCGAUCAGUAUGCUUGAGUAUAACUUGCAACGUUUGGCAAAUCUGGCUGAAAAUACUCCUGACGGUUUGUCUGAUGCUAUGGUGGCUGCUGGUAAUCCAUCACAGGGACAGCAAACCCAAUCUAUUACAUUGGCUGAUAUUCUUUCUGGAGAUCAAAGGGCAUUCAAUAACCUUCAAGCUCUAGCAAAACUUGGAUUGAAUGGCAACGUAGAUUUUCACACAGACAUGACAUCUAAUCAGCUUUUACCGAGUGGACCUUCACCAGGCAUUGAUUGUUUAUUGCCAGAUUUUUGCCUACCACCAGCUACAUCGCCAAGUCUAUCAACACUUGCUCCACUUUCCGAUGAAAUGAGUAUCACCAAUUUCCAUGCAGGCAUCAAUGUUACUGGUAGAAACAAGGCUACCCCUAUGCAAAUUCGUUCUAAAUUCGGAUCAUUGGGAACUGCCAAAGGACAAUUUAAUUCGCCCCAUGGCUUUUGCUUGGGUGUAGAUGAAGAAAUUAUUGUAGCCGAUACAAACAAUCAUCGAAUUGAAGUUUUUGAAAAGAAUGGACAACUGAAGUUCCAUUUCGGUGUGCCUGGUAAAGACGAGGGACAAUUGUGGUAUCCACGAAAGGUUGCUGUAAUGCAUACCAAUGGAAAGUUUGUUGUGUGCGAUCGUGGAAAUGAACGAUCUCGUAUGCAGAUAUUCUCGAAGUGUGGACAUUUUAUGCGAAAAAUUGCCAUAAGAUACAUCGAUAUUGUCGCUGGAUUGGCUGUGACUUCAAAGGGACAUAUUGUUGCUGUGGAUAGUGUUUCGCCAACUGUUUUUGUUAUUUCUGAAGAGGGUGAAUUGGUGCGCUGGUUUGACUGCAGUGAUUAUAUGAGGGAACCUUCCGAUAUAGCAAUUAGAGACAACGAUUUUUACGUAUGUGAUUUCAAAGGACACUGUGUAGCUGUUUUUAAGGAAGAUGGAGUCUUCCAAUAUCGCAUUGGAAAUGAAAAAGUAACCUGUUUCCCAAAUGGAAUUGAUAUAUCUAAUGCAGGUGACAUUUUGAUUGGAGAUUCUCAUGGAAAUCGCUUCCAUGUUGCUUGUUACUCACGAGAUGGCGUUUUACAGUCAGAAUUCGAGUGCCCACAUGUAAAGGUUUCUCGAUGCUGCGGUCUAAAAAUAACAUCCGAGGGCUAUGUUGUUACCCUAGCCAAAAAUAAUCAUCAUGUUUUAGUGCUUAAUACUCUUUAUGUUCACUGAUUGAAAACAAAAAGUCAAUUAGCGAACUUAAACAACUUCAAGCCAAAUCGAUAAAUUUAUCAUAAAAUUUUACUAAAACAAGAACAGAAAAAAAUAUAUAAAAAAAAAAACGCUUAAAAAAUACUACUACUACUACAAAAAAACAAACAACAAAGACGCCGUGAUCCCUGAUGAAGAAAACAAACAAAACUAGAAUGAAGAAAAACACAGUAAAAAACGUAUCAAGAAAUACAAAAAGAAA